AUGGCCUUCAAAAGAUUUCAAACUCCACGCGAAAUUAACACCACAUGCUCCCUCUCUCUGUGUGUGUAUGUGUGUGUCUGUGUGUGUGUUUACAGGCUCUCUGCCACAUCUCUAAGCUGUGCCGUGGUGUGUGUUUUGUUGUGUUUUUCUCUCCCGAGUCAUGGCUCUGCACUGGAACUCCAGCGUUUUAUAGGCUGUGCUGUCAGAGAGUUCACCUUCAUAGCCCAGAAGCCAGGAUGUGGGAAACUGCAGAUCACCACCGACGCCUGCUGGGGGCGCUGUGAGACCUGGGAGAAACCAAUCCUGGACCCGCCCUUCAUCGAGUCCCGUCAGCAAGUGUGCACUUACAACCAGACCCAAUUCAUCACCGUGCAGCUGCCCAACUGCUCGGCCGGCGUGGAUCCGUACUACACCUACCCCGUGGCCCGGAGGUGUGAGUGUGGAGUGUGUGUGACCAGCACCACAGAGUGUAUCACCUCCAUCUGAGAGAGACAGCCAGGAGACGUGCUUUCCAUCUCUUUUUUCCAUCUUUCUUUUGAGCUUUCCAUACCUGUUAAACCAACAAUGUAAAUGAAUAUAUAAAACUAUGAUUACAAUAACUGAAAAUUAAUCAUCAUGAUGCUGUGGGUUGAUGAGAAAGAGCUCCCAUUGAGUCUCACAGUGUCUAUCACCAGAUGCUUUACUAGACAACAUUACAGGCAGGAUGUAUUAAAGGUGCAGUCUGUAAUAUUUAAAAGGUAUUUCGAGACCUGUAACAGCCUUCCCAUUUUAAAGAUACCAUAGCGAAUCUUUGGUGCACAAUAUUAAAUUUCAAUGGAUUGCUCUAGUUUCUUCAUUAUAGGCUUCUGUGUACAUUCUUCUGGCCCUGAAAUUAGCUCUACCCCCAACCAGAACAAGGAAAUGCACAAGCUUUAUUUAGUUUGAACACAGCAGAUGAGAUCAACUGGAGAGAUCAUGGAGGAUAUGGACUGGAGGCUGCUCAAUGUUUCAAUGUUUCCAUCAGAGUUGCAAUUCUCCUCACAGGCCCUAGAGAUCUAAAAAAAAAAAUUGCUCAAACUGCUCCUUUUAUACAAUUUUUAGCAUUUACUGUCAUCAAAAUAUCAUAAAUUCAAGUUUCAGACCUAAAAGUUGCUCUGGUGGAAGCAUUAAAACUAUUAAAACUUUUGAUCUCCAAGUUCAUGACUCAUAACUAAGCAUUACACUUAGGGCUGGGUGACUUGGACAAUAUAAUAUUGAUAUCGUGAUAAAUUAUGAUCAGGAUACACUUUUCUGAGAUAUCAUCAGUAUUUUUUAUAACAAUUAUUAACUCUUAUUGGAAAAUUUUAAAUUUCUAUGGAUUCCUUAAAAUGAUAAAAUGUUAAAAUUUUGUGUAGAUGUUUUUCUGUUACAUUAUUUGCAGUGGUUUUCUGUUUGUGUCCAACUUUUAUAAGACAUUAAAUAAAAGUUUUUUGUUUGCGCACAUAUGUUGAGCAUGAAACAAUACACACACACACAUACACACACACACACACACACACACCCAAGCAGUUUAAAGUCCAAAAAUAAAAGCAUGCUUUUCUAGCAAAUCUAAAAAUCUGUUUUCUCGCCUGAUGUUAUAAAGAGGUAAUGAGUGAUAUUAGUGAAAAAGAAGAGAAUAAUGCGCAUUAGAAAGAAGCUGGUAUUUAAUUACAUACAUAAAUAAAGCACAGAAGAUGACGAGCUCACACAGUGACACAGAAGCGCAGCCAGCACUUCAUCUCUUCAUGCUCUAGGUGAAAAAUAUAACUGAUCAAAUCACUCAUGACAGUGCUGUCUCCUUAGGCA